UAUAAUAUUGUUACUGAAUGUGUUCUGGGAGUUGGUGUGCAGUACCAUAUUGUAACAGAGAAGAAUACACUUAAAAUUUGAAAGUCGGUUUCAAAUUCAAGAUUUAGAGCAUGGCUAAACACCUAACACUGAUCUGUUUUUUGUGGAUGGAACUUGCUUUGAUUUCAUACGUCAUAGCUGAAAAAGAAGCAUUUCCAGAGGGCUUCUUUCCUUUUGAAGAAGCUUCCACUCGAUACCAGACACCACCGAAAGUUCGAAAACCUCCGUAUGUGAUAGGUGAUGGUCCUUGCCCCGGUGUCGAUUUUAAAGGGCGAUUUCCUCCAAAAUAUUCGUUAUGUGGUGAUCUCAGCCGAGGUUUUAUUCCCCAAAAUCCCAUGAAUCAAUUUUCAGCGGAUGAUCCCUAUCCUUUUGAUCUGAUUAAAACCAAGACGCUGAAGUUUUUGUCAGCUGCGUUGCCAUUUCUGAAACAAGAUCCAAAAAUACCAAAAGUGGCAAGGUUCGUUGGAGCGCCCAUUUCCUAUCGAGAGCCAGGAGGGUUUGAUCUUCACCAAACUUCUUUAUUCCGUCGGAAGAAACGCUUUUCUGAUCCUGGAGCCAAACCAUACAAAGCACCAAUACAAGUCAAGAAUGAGGUAACCAGUACAGAAAAGUCUAACCAAACCGAAACUACGGUCAACUUGAUGAAACAAAAAGACGUUUAUAAUCACACCCAGUCUUUAACAAAUUCAACUGUUACCAGCCGUGAACUAUGCCCUCAAGGUUCUGGACUACUGUGCUCCUUGAUAAGUACCAUGACGAGUCUCUACUUCCAAAAUCAAGCAGAAUCAUCAGGCUUUUUAAAUCAACCAUCAAACUCUGAUGUACAGAAUUCUGUCAACGAACCAAGCCAAAGUUCUUCUACAGCUCUUUUAUCCCUUUUGCCCACAAUUAUAAAUGCACUUCAGGAAGAAUCGAGUUCAUCUUCUAAACCUGAAAAACCCAGUUAUGAAGAUAAUUCAUCAAAAGAUCGUUCCCCUUUAUUACAGAUGUUAUCUAUUUUAACGGGUGCCAGUGGUCAGUCAUCAUCGAAUAAUGGUGUGAUUGGAGUUGGUAGCCAUGUUCCCACUGCUCUUUCUUUAAUACUCGAUCUUAUUAGAAGCGGAAACUCCCCAUUAGAUUAUCUAUCUAACAUCCUUCCAAACAGACGGGGCACUCCUUCAACCAACAGCGGGUCCAGUCAGUCUGAGAGUCACCCACCGUUGAACAAUCUGUCAGAAGAGCUUCCGCCAACGCCGUGUCCAUCGAUUGAGGAGUAUGUCACUCCAACUUUUGCUCGGAACUACAAAGGUGUUUGGAAGUACGUUGUACAAAUCCCGCAAGAAGGAUACUUCACUCAGACCGUCCAACAGACUAAGUGUGUGCGGUCUCAUUGUGAUUUUACGGAUGGAGUAUGCCAUGAAAGUCCUCGGUGGGUGAGUCUUUUAGUAGCAGAGAUUUUCUAUCCUAACAUCUAUUUUCCCACAUCUACUCCCACUACUCCAGGAUCUAGUAACACCUAUAAAGACGGCGUGCCACCUGUCGAGGAUUUCACCAACUUCCAACAAUACUUACGUCGUCGUGUUGGAGAACCCGAAGUUCAUUCAAAUCAUUAUCCGAACUAUUAUCAGAGUAACACGAAACUGUCAACUUUUCCUAAUGGUCUCCCUGAUACUGAGAACUGUGACAGUUACGACGAAAUAGGCUGUUACAUUGUUCGUAUGUAUUACGACUGGUUCCUAGUGAACGGCUCAUGCAAGUGUUGGAAACCUGAAGGAAGAGCAUUGUUCACACGCAAGUAAACAUUCCAAAUAUCUUUGAGUUAUUUGUUGACCACUGUUAUUGUUGGCAAAGAAAAAAACGAUACAAAAAAGGAGCAACUGUACACGGAGUUGAAGUUAAAACUGUAAUCUCUUUUUUUCAACGAUCGCGUAGUCAGUUGCUUCAAUGUUAUAUUUCAGUAAUUAUCUAAUAUUAUUAUACUCGUUUACUUCACAUGAUCAUACAUUAACGAACUAUUAGUUUUCUUACUGUUGGCUGGCGGAUACUGAAUCCAGUAUUUUUGAUGAUCAAAUGAACUUUGGUUUCUUUAUGAAUUACUCGUUUUCUUACUGUUGGUUGGCGGAUAUUGAAUCCAGUAUUUUUGAUGUUCAAAUGAACUUAGUUCCUUUAGGAAUUACUAGCUUUCUUACUGUUGGUUGGCGGAUAGUGUAUCCAGUAUUUGUGAUUAUCAAAUUAAUUUAGGUUUCUUUACGAAUUACUAGUUUUCUUACUGUUGGUUGGCGGAUAGUGUAUCCACUAUUUGUGAUUAUCAAAUUAAUUUAGGUUUUUUACGAAUUACUAGUUUUCUUACUGUUGGUUGGCGGAUAUUGAAUCCAGUAUUUUUGAUGAUCAAAUGAACUGUUUCAUUAUGAUCUGAAAUUUUUUAUGGUAUAACUUUUCAACUUCUUUUAUUUUCCACGGAAAAACAACGCUUAUUGUGCAAACUUAUCGUUCCUACUCUUUUCUUAUUGGUUCACAAAAUUUGUCAUGGAAACCAAUUCUAGAAAUGUGUAAUGAGGUGACGCCGCCACGAUCUUUCACAUUAUUUUAUACGAUUCAAAUAUUUAUUCAUUUGAGUUGCAUUCACAAAUACGUUAUUUAUGUAAUCAAUUUUUUAGGGAUAUGUGA